GCUUGUUCUCGCUCGUCCCCUAACCUGGCUUGACUCCAUGCUGGCUCCUCUUCCUGGCCCGUGGAGGAAAAGCUAGUGAGCUGAACAACUGCAUGUAUAUAAGUGGACUCUAUGCGCAGUUCGGAGUAGGGCUACCGUCCAACCCACCUCUUUCUACACCCACAUCGUCAAGUUUCGUGUGAAAGUCUUUCAAGAUGCCUAGCUUCACUGUGGUUCUUGCCGCUCUUUUCGCCGCUUCUAAGGCUCUCGCCCAGACCCUGCCCUCUUUCCCUACUGCCUCCUUCGGCUGUGAGCCGCACGGCGACCACUGGCACUGUGAGGGGGCGGUUACCAACACCGGUACCGCAGGGGAUGUGUCUAGCACGGGCACCACCUUCGUUACUUCGGCCACGGAUGCGCCCGUAAUUAUUUCCAGCAACUCUCACGGCCACGGUGAUGAGUCCGUAACUCUGUCGCCCAGCCCCACGGAGUCGGUCGGUUGUGAGCCCCACGGCGAUCACUGGCAUUGCGAGGGCACCGCGUCCACCACGCCGGCGCCCAUCAGCAGCGCAACCAGCAGCCCCACCAGCAGUGGCCAUGAUGACCAUGACCACGACCACGACCACACCACGAAUUCCUCUAUGGGAACCGUUACGCUUGCGCCUAGCCCGACUGAGUCCGUCGGUUGCGAGUCUCACGGCGACCACUGGCAUUGCGAAGGCCCUGCUGUUCCCACCAACUCUGUUCCCGCCACCUCUCCUCCCGUCAACGCUACCUCUACCACUUCAUCGCCGCCCAUCCCGACGGCAGGCGCUGCAAAACUGGGCAUGGGGGGCAUGGCUAUUGCUGGUGGACUCGCUAUGGCUGUCGGAAUGGGUCUUUGAAGGCUGUCCUGAUAUCUUAAUAUUACCUAUAUUAAACCGCAGAAGAGGCCGGGGGGGGAUAUAACGCACACUUAGUCCUGAGACGCAAAAUAAAUACUCUCUUACUGCAUAACUCGCUU